GAAAAAGUUCGGCAUCAAAGUCAAGAGUGCUUCAAGGUGGACAGAUCACAACGUAAGUAUGUGGAAGAUGGCUCUUAUGCAAGUUGCUCAGUUGACCGGCUUGGUGCUCACCGGGCCUGAAACAAGCUUUUUAAAUGAAAUUGUUGAUAUAGUUUACACUAAAUUAGAUCGUAAAGAUGUUUAUCUUCCACUCAACAUAACGGGGAUGACCACUCGCUAUGAGGAGAUCAAAUCCUGGUUAGAUCAGUACAAUCUUGAAUUUUUAGCAAUUUACGGCAUGGGUGGAAGUGGCAAGACAACACUAGCCAAAUAUAUAUACGACUCAAAUCAAAAUACUUUUGAAUACGUGAGUUUUGUUGAAGACAUUGGUAGCAGAUGUAAAGGACCACAUGAUUUACUUAAACUACAAGAACAACUGCUCAAAGAUAUUUUAGGGGGGAAAAAGAGAAAAAUACCUAGUGUUUCUCGAGGUACAUGCAUGAUUGAGGAAGUCUUGCAAACAAAGAGAACUCUCAUUGUUCUUGAUGACAUUGUUGAUCAUAAGCAAUUAGUUGCUCUUCUGGGAACAGGGAAGAUUAAUGCACAAAGCAAAAUUAUAAUUACAACCAGGGAAAAUACAGAUACCUGGUUUGACCAUUCAUAUUGGAGGUGUCAGAAGUAUGAAAUGAGAUUAUUGAAUGAUGAUGAAUCACAAGAGCUAUUAAGUCGUCAUGCAUUUGGGUCCAAAAUUCCCAUGGCGGGCUUUAAGGAGCUUGUACUACAAGCAGUACAAUAUUGUGAAGGAAAUCCUCUAGCUCUUGAAGUUUUAGGCUCAUCUCUAUUCAAGAACAAUACCAUCUCACAUUGGAAAAGUCAAUUGAAUUUAUUGGAAAAAGAUAUAGAUUCUCGACUUCAUGGUGUACUUGUUAGGAGCUACAUGUCAUUGCCAUAUAACUCUGAAAAAGAGUUGUUUUUGCAUAUCGCUUGUUUCUUUAUAGGCAAAGACAUGGAUUAUGUGGUAAAGAUAUUGGAGCCUGAUUACUCUGCAACAUCUGGGGAAAUGGGGAAAUGGGUAAAGAUAUUGAAAGAUGUCUUCUUUCUGUUUCACCAAACAAAAAGCUCAUAAUGCACAGAUUGCUUCAAGAAAUGGGGAAAAACAUAGUCCGCCACGAAUCGAUAAAAUCCCCUGCAAAGCGUAGUAGAGUUUGGCUUAAUAUAGACACUUAUAAGAUAUUGAGCAAAGGAAAGGGUUCAAAAACGGUAGAAGGUUUAGCACUAGAUAUGGAAGUGCUGUUGGAAGAGAAUUUUGCAAUCAAGGCUUCGGAGCUUAAAACAGACUCACUUAGAAAUAUGGAUCGCCUAAAAUUGCUCCAGCUAAAUUUCGUGGAACUCCAUGGAUCCUAUGAAAAUAUUUCUGAGGAUUUAAGAUGGCUCUGCUGGCUUGGAUUCCAUUUAAGAACCAUACCCUCAGACUUAUACAUGGGAAACAUGGUGGCUAUAGAUAUGAGCUAUAGUAACCUGGAAGUAUUUGAACCCCCUAUGGUUCUUCAGUCAUUGCAGAUUCUAAAUCUUAAAGACUCACACAAUCUAUUUGAAAUCCGCAACAUAUUCAAGAUGCCUCAUCUUGAGACUUUAAUUCUUUGGAACUGUUACGAAUUGCAUAAUGUUUGUGAAACCAUUGGAGGCCUUAAAAGUCUUGCAACAUUGAACAUGAUAGGGUGUAAAAACUUAUUCAACAGGGAGCAAAACAAUCUGUUGGGAGCUUCUACUUCUGGUGAAGUUCUUACAAAACAACCUACUUUUUACUUCCCACUUUCAUUACAUCGGUUAUUCCUCAAAGACUGCAAUCUUGAGUAUACUGAUUCUUUUUCUUUGGGUUUCAAAAUACAACCAUAUUUGCAAUACUUGAAUUUAGGCAAUAAUUUAUUUGAGUUCAUCCCUUGCUACAAUCAUCUUAAAAGUCUUCGGGUUCUUGAUUUGAGUUUUUGCUCUAGACUCAAAUGCCUUCUAUGUCUCCCUAGAACACUUGCAGAACUGUAUAUAUAUUAUUGUGUGUUACUAGAGAGAAUAACUUUCGAAUCACAUAGAUUCACUUUGCAUGAGUUCGGUUAUGAAGGCUGUAAUAGUUUGUAUGAAAUUGAAGGCUUUAUCAAAUUGGUAUUAAUAGCUAAUCUAACUGAAAAUGAUUUGGGACACUUGAAGUGGCUACAAGAAUAUAAGAAUCACCAGAUGUGCCUUGUUGGUGAUGAUGAGCUCACAUUAGGCAGAAGUAGCCAAAUCCAGAUGCUGUUUGAAUUUGGUAUGAUGAGCACAUCUCUGCCGGAUAUAAAAGAUCCCAACAUAACACCUACGUAUAUAUCAGAAUCAACGUCUUUGUCCUUUGAAGUUCCUUCGUGUCCCAUAAAUAAGACUCUUAAAGGAAUUAAUGUAACUUUUAAGUAUGCAGUAUCAGGUGAUGAUUGGGUAUGGUUUUGUAAAGUCAGUACGAGCAAUGGUGUUGUUGAUAUGAUGUACAACCCUAAAGUCUUUGGCAAACCUGAAUCUGGGAAAGUAUGCAUAUGGUUAAGCUAUUGGCCAAUCGGGAAGGUAUUGGACAUGGGAGACACAGUUAGCGUGUCUAUUGUUGUCAUUAGCGGAUUGGAGGUACAUGAAUGUGGUGUGAGUCUUGUGUACUGUGAUCAUGAAACCUUGGAAAAUAACAUGGGAUGGGCCGAAAUUGUUGGGGUAGAUUUGACUGAUUUUAAAUUAAGUACCGGAGCGUACUAUCUUUGUCGGCGUGAUUUCUUUUCGUUAAUGGAGGUUGGUAGAUUAACUCCUGACUGGUUUAGGAUUUUAGUCGGUGAUGCCAUUGACUACACUGAGGUAAGAGGAUGGAGAAAGACAGGUCGGCCAAAACAGGUGAAUGAUUCAUCAUUUACCGAGCUGAAAACUAUUAGAUGUAUCAUCGAUGGUCCUGAGUUGGAGCAUGUUUACAAGAUUGCAGAGAUGUCCAAAUCUUCUAUUGAUGAUAAAACUGUGGCAUUCACAUCAAGCUUGCUUGAGAGGGGAGUGCAGUCUAGCACUAGAUCUGAUUUAAUUGAUAAAGCAAUAGAGGAAAUUUAUGACGAGCGAUAUGGGUCUGGCGAUGAGAAGUUUGGCAAUUUUAUAUCUACUGCUGAUGAAAUCACGAUAGAGGAAUCUGAUCUUUACCCACAUGAACAAAAAGAGAGCGAGGGGACCUACAGCAUGUCUAAAGCAUUUGUUUCUGAUGAAACUAGUCAAACUGUUCCCGAUCCCGUUUCUAACACGUCCUCAGGUGUUAUUAUUGAAGAAACUCAGGGGAAACCUGAAUAUUAUAUAAACCAAUGUACUGAAAACAUCGAAAACAAUACCAAUACCAAUUCUUGGUUUUCUUCUUCUUUAUGGGCUUUUGUUGACUCGAUACCAACCACACCAGCUUCGGUUUCAGAAAGUAGUGCACUUGUAAACAGGGCGUUUGAGCGAAUGUCAAGCUUUGUUAGGGGUAAAAACGUAAAUUUAGCGGCCACUGAUGCCAGUGCCGCUAGUGGCAACACAACGGAAAGGUUAGAGAAACCAAAACCGUCGAGAUCAAGUAGGGGUAUUUUAUAUUUUUCUGUUCUUGGAGUAUUGUGUGCUAUUUUAUGGGUAUUUAUAGGGUGGUGUAUUGAAUUAUCAAGUAGAUUUUUACGGUGAUUGGUGUAGAUUUUGAAUGGUUUAGCCGUAGUGGUUUACUAGUGUCUUGUUGGUAACGAUGGCAGCCAUGAGCUAGAUCGAUUGGAAUGUGUUCAUAUGUGGCAAUAAAAGUCGAUUCUCA